UCUGAUGCGGAUUUGAGCUUCAAGAUCGUAUGAUUAGGGUUUUCUUUGCUACGUUUUUUGUCCCAAUUCAUACAUAAUUUUAGGUACGUAUGUAUGUAUUGUGUGAUUAUGGUCAGUGGUUUCCCAAUUCAUUUGAUGCAUCUAGCUAUUUUUUUGAGUCCAGUGCUUUGGUUUGAGUUUGAUUCUAUGACUGAUUGUGUAUUGCCUUGUUCUUUGGUUUUCCCAAUUCAGUGAUGCGAUUUUGUUUCCGCAUGUGAUUAGUGUGUCUGUUUAUCAAUUUCAUUUUACUGAAUUAUGUGAGAAUGGGAGUGGUGAUUUGUGGAGAUAUGGAAGAAGAAUCAGAGAUAUUUAGUUCUUUAAUGCCUUUGUUUGUCUUGGAUUUGGAGUGGGAAUCUCAAUUGGACUGGUUAUUGGGUAUUAUUUGUUAAUAUUUUUCAAUACACAUUGUUACAAAAAGGAUGUUUGGUUAGUUUGUUAAUUAGUGAUUUUCCGUGUCAACCAAACAAUAGAAAAUGUUUUCCUAUCACAACCAAACACCAGAGAUGUUUUCUAAAUAAAGUUUUUCACAGAAAAGGUUUUCCAAAAAAAUAUUUUCUGCCCGAAAUAAACGGAGCGUAAGAAGAAAAUAUGAGGACAAGUUAUUAGUGUAAAUUAUUUAUUUUCAUCCCCAACCUCACAAGGGGUGUGUGCACUCUACCAUCAGUUAGUUUAGACAGGAAAAGAAACUGUGCAGAUCACUCCACAAACCAUAAGGGGGGUUCUGUGGUCAAGUAUAGUGACUCACAGUCACUGUAUUCGAAAUCAUCUUCUUGCGUCUAAAUCAGGUAUAAUCUAUUUUUCUGAUUUGGGAGUGACAAUAACUGUAAAAGUUUGGGAGGUAAUCCGCACAAGCCCCAAACCAUAGGGAGGUAAAGUGGACUUUACCCUAUUUUUUAUUGUUAGCUUUGAAAAUACCAUUUGACAGUUUAGUGUGUGGCGUGAAUUCCUUCGAAGGGAUUUGUAUAUAUUAGCUUUUGUGUUUGGAACACUAGAUUAAUGAAAAGUCUGACACAAAUUGUGUAGUGCCUGUGCGUUGUUGACAAGCCCCAAACCAUAGGGAGGUAAUCCGCACAAGCGUCAAACCAUAGGGAGGUAAUCCGCACAAGCCCCAAACCAUAGGGAGCUAGAUCUUUGACAAGAUGUCUGGCCAAACCCAACGUUUGAAUGUUGUUCCAACUGUUACAAUGCUUGGUGUAAUGAAGGCUCGCCUUGUUGGUGCUACAAGAGGUCAUGCUCUCCUAAAAAAGAAAAGUGAUGCUUUAACAGUGCAGUUCCGCCAGAUCCUCAAAAAGAUCGUCUCUACUAAAGAAUUGAUGGGAGAGAGCAUGAAAACAUCCUCGUUUGCCCUCACCGAAGCCAAGUAUGUUGCUGGAGAAAACAUUAAGCACAUUGUCCUUGAAAAUGUCAAGAACGCAUCGCUUAAAGUGCGAUCUAGGCAGGAGAAUGUGGCUGGCGUGAAACUCCCCAAGUUUGAAUAUUUCACUGAAAGUGAGACAAAGAAUGACCUGACUGGACUGGCAAGAGGUGGCCAGCAAGUGCAAGCUUGUCGUGCUGCUUAUAUAAAAUCCAUUGAGGUUCUAGUUGAGCUAGCUUCUCUCCAAACAUCAUUCUUGACACUUGACGUGGCAAUCAAAACCACAAACCGAAGGGUCAAUGCGUUGGAGAAUGUUGUGAAGCCAAGGAUAGAGAACACAAUAAGUUACAUCAAGGGAGAACUUGAUGAGCUGGAGAGGGAAGAUUUUUUCAGAUUGAAAAAGAUCCAAGGUUAUAAGAAGAGGGAAAUGGAGAGACAACGCGCAUCUGCCAAGCAGUUUGCAGAGGAUCAAUCUGCAGAGAAAGUUUCUUUGCAGAAAGGGAUUUCAAUUAAUGCAGCACAUAACUUCUUGUCCGCUGCUAUGCAGAAAGAUGAGGACAUAAUUUUCUGAUAUGGAGGUUAGUUUCUUGUCGCGUUGUCAGGCUUUGCCCCUGCUGCUUGUCUUAUGUUGGGAAUGUGUUUCAGUUAUUAGAUAGCCAAGAUUUUAUGUAUUCAAAUAAAAGCUUCAUGUAUAUUGCUUCUUUUUGUUUUUGGAAUAGACUUGUGGCUGAAUUUUCCAUCUCUUGGUUUUUUGGUUGGGCGGUUUCUUGUUAAUUGUUGUAAGACGGGUUUAUUCAUAUAUCCAUGUGGUUGGAGUAGUUGCAGUUCA